AUGCGUGCCUCGAGCUCAAUAAUCCUACUCAUUGGGCUGGCCGUUGGCAAGCUCUGCUGCUAUCGAGGCGUGUGUCCGACUCCCAAGCGAUGCAACGCUUGCUUAACUGCACUUUGGAAUCCGCAAGGAAACGUUGCUAGAUCGACGAAGCUGCUUUGCACAAAAUUCUGGGGCGACAAAUGUGAUAAAACGUCAAAAACCUCGCCUUGCCACCACUUCUCCCCUCUCCGCGUCUUCGCCGCGAAGGAACAAGAAGAAGGCGGCUGGAGCCCAUGGAACUGCUUUAAAAAUGGAAAUGAUCGCUGCAUUGCCGACAGCAACACCGAUUGCACUUGUGAGGACCCAGUGCUCUCUUCGCGUCUAACAGCCGAAAAGUUCGAUUCCCAGCUGAGCGGCCUCGCUCUCGAGUAUCCUCAAAAGCAAAUCGUAUGCAACACCCUCAAACAACUCUCGGAGUAUACCAGAGUCAAGUAUCACUCCAGCUAUGACGAAUACUGUGAUACAGCUGGUUGGUACGCCGUCAACAGUAACUUUAAUUUCGCUCGUGGCUAG